AUUUUGCUAAAUGGUUUCAUGCAUUUGCAAACGAAAUUAUUUCAGUAAUAGUCACCAGUGAACGUACAUAUUCAAUUGCCUCCUACUAUAACACGCAAAGUGCUGUCAAGCAUGAAUAUUCUGAUGCAUUGGUCGAAGAUGGGAAUAAAUUUGUUAAUGCAUUAGUAGACAACAUUCAAGCUCUCACGUUCUUCAUGUUGUUUGGCAAAUUCUUAAGGCAUUACGUUCCAAUAAUUAGAGAUAUGGCAAAUUUUUACUUAAAAAACCGUGAUUAUUUACAUGAAAGAUUGGAUCGCAUAAUUAAAACAAGAAGAGAAAAGAUUGAAGAAAUGCCAGUGGAUACAGAAAUGGGUUCCGAUAUGCUGACUUCCUUAAUCACUUUAAACACCGAAAAGAAUACUGAUACUGCUAAAAUAAAAAUAGUGGACGGUGAGACGUUUGAACCUAUGCCCGACGAAGAGAUUCGAAGUAAUUUGUUAGAGGCAUUUGGGGCUGGAUCAGAUAGUGUAAAAAUUGAUUCUAUGUUCUCUAAAUCUUCUAAUCUAUCUUAUCUAACAAGCGAUGAUCUCUUAAAGUUAAAAUAUUGUGAGGCCAUAAUUAAAGAAGCUCUUCGUAUGAUUCCCGUAGUAAAUAUGGUAACUCGUCACAUGACUGAAGAGUGCGAAAUUGCAGGAUAUAAAUGGGCUGCUGGUACACUUUUUCACAUAAAUAUUUCGGGGAUACAUAGCCAUCCUGAAGUUUGGCCUAAUCCUGAAGUUUUCGAUCCAGAUAGAUUUUAUAACGUCGAUCAAGAUGACAAAAGAUUAAAAAACAACUAUUCCUUGAUAACUUUUGGUGGUGGUUUACGAAUCUGCCCUGGAAGGAAACUGGCGAUGAGUCAGCUACUUUUUUUGAUGGCAUCAGUUUACAGGUAUUAUAACGUUGAGUUGGUGAAUAUGCAUGAGCCAUUAAAAAUUGAUUCUUUAACGUCUAACAAUGUUCCAGAGUUGAAAGUUAAAAUUAGUCCUCGAGUUAAUUAA